UCGUUCACUCAGUCACUCUCUCCUCUCUCAGUCUGUGAUACCCAGGUCUGCACUGUCUGUAGCUUUCUAACAGACAUGAUGCAUCGCAUUUUCCUUUUCUGCUUGAGUUCUCUGCUGUUCCUCCUGAUCUGCUCCUCCGUUCAUUCGGAACCCCACCGACAGUCGUCAUCAUCCUCACGCCGCAGGACUGUGCGUGCUCCGGCUCAUGCUGCCAAGGUGCGCCUGGCGGGAAACUUCGCCCGGGGACCGAACGAGGGUCGCGUGGAGGUUCUGCACAACAACACGUGGGGUACGGUGUGCGACGACGAGGUUGACAUCAAACUGGCUAACGUCGUCUGCCGAGAGCUUGGCUUCCAGAACGGAAUCACGUGGGCGCACAGUGCCAAAUAUGGAGAAGGUGUAGGUCCUAUCUGGAUGGACAACGUGCGUUGUGACGGCACAGAAAAGACUGUGAAAGACUGUAAACAUAACGGCUGGGGUGUCAAUGAUUGUAAGCACUCUGAGGAUCUUGGAGUGGUGUGCAGUCCAGAACCAAGGCUGGACCAGGUCACUGGAUCCCGUAAUGUUCAGUCGUUGGCCCUGCGGCCGGAUGUCAGCCCCUCGCCACAGUGGCAGAGCAUCCUGGCCAAUCACAAUAACCACCGACAGGUUCACCAGGGGAACGGACACCCUCCAGAGAGGCCCAGACUGAGACAGCACCUUUAUAACCCGUAUUCCAGCAAGGUGCGUAUCCAGGAGGUACGUCUGCGGCCCAUCCUGAUGCACACGAAGAAGCGAGCCCUAAUCACAGAGGGUGUUGUAGAAGUGAAGCAUGCUGGGAGAUGGAGGCAGGUGUGCGACCUGGGCUGGAACCUCAACAGCAGCAAAGUGGUGUGUGGAAUGCUGGGUUUUCCUGAUGCGGAACCACACAAUGAUAGAACAUACAAUAAAAUCUGGGACCUCAAGAUUACUGAUCCAUCCACCAAGCUGAGCGUCAUGGCUCGUAAGAAGGGUUUCUGGAUGGAGAAGGUGCACUGCCUGGGUUCAGAGACCAGCCUAUCAGAGUGCCAUGGCCAGCUGUCCAUCCCAAAUAGUCCCUCCCCCUGUAAAAGUGGGAGACACGCGGUGGCCAAGUGUGUACCAGGACAACAGUUUGCUCGUCUGUCAUCCGGAAGACCCCAGGCACCCCACCCAAUGGUGCCAGUGCGUCUGAAGGCUGGCCCCAGGUUGGGUGAGGGUCGUGUGGAAGUGCUGAAGGAGGGGAAGUGGGGAACUGUGGCAGACCAACUGUGGGACCGUGUCUCAGCCAGCGUGGUGUGCAGGGAGUUAGGCUUCGGAACCGCCAAGGAGGCCCUCACUGGAGCCUACAUGGGACAAGGUACUGGUCCUAUCCAUAUGAACAGUGUAAAGUGUCUGGGGACAGAGAAGUCCAUCCUGGACUGCUCCUUUCAGGACGUGCCUCUGUGGACGAUCAAACACACACAGGAUGCCUCAGUACGCUGCCACAUUCCCAAGCUUGGCCUGGACAACACGGUGCGGUUGGCGGGGGGCAGGGAGCUGGGUGAGGGUCGUGUGGAGGUACUGAUGGACACAGGAGGGCGGAAGAGAUGGGGUUCAGUCUGCAGUGAGAACUGGGGGAUCAACGAAGCCAUGGUGGUCUGCAGACAGCUGGGUCUGGGGUUCGCAUCCCGAGCCCAUCAGGAGACCUGGUAUUGGGCUGGGGACCCUAACGCAGCAGAGCUAGUUUUGAGUGGGACCCACUGUGUCGGAACUGAGCUGUCAAUACAGCACUGUAGGCGUAACAACCACGUACACUGUCCCCGAGGGGGUGGGACUAAAGCUGCUGGGGUCACCUGUUCUGAAACGGCCCCUGACCUGGUACUAGAUGCCCAACUUGUCCAGGAGACAGCCUACCUAGAGGACCGACCCUUGCACCUGCUGACCUGUGCCAACGAGGAGAACUGCCUGUCGUCCUCCGCUGCCAGAAUGAACUGGCCCUACGGACACCGGCGCCUGCUCCGAUUCUCCUCCAGGAUUAUGAAUAUGGGCCGGGCUGAUUUCAGACCCCGGGCCACCAGAGAGUCCUGGACAUGGCACCAGUGUCACAGGCACUACCAUAGCAUUGAGGUGUUCACCCAUUAUGACCUACUGACUCUUAAUGGGACCAGGAUAGCUGAGGGACACAAGGCCAGCUUCUGUCUGGAGGACACUUACUGCCCAGAAGGUCUGCAUAAGCGUUUCUCCUGCUACAACAUGGGUGACCAGGGCAUCUCAGUGGGUUGCUGGGAUACGUAUCGCCAUGACAUCGACUGUCAGUGGAUUGACAUCACCGACGUGAAGCCUGGAGACUAUAUCUUCCAGGUGGAGGUUAACCCUUCGUUAGACAUGGCUGAGUCGGACUUCCAAAACAAUGUGAUGAGAUGCCGAUGCAAAUACGAUGGACACAGAGCGUACAUGUACGGAUGUCACGCGGGUGAUGCCUACAGUGCAGAGAUUGAGGACCUGUUUGAACACCAAAGGCAGAUCUCCAAUAACUUUGUCUAGGCCCAUCCAGAGUUCAGUGAAGAGGGCUCAGAGCUGGGGUUGGGGACUGCUCAGGAUGGCCCGGGUCCUCCUGGCCCACCAGAAGACACUUAAUGGCACUUGUCCACCUCCUUGACCUUCUGUGGACUCUACUACCCAGAAUACACCACAGCCUGGAGGAGGCCACCAACCUGACUACACCCUUCAACCCCAACAACUAAGAGCUGUCACCAAGGCAUCCAUAUGUGUUCAGUUAACAGCAGAGUGUUAGAAUGAUAUGGAUUCAAAAAGCAGUUACGGUAUUUUGUUAGUUUAUGAACGCGACUACUAGUUAUUUAGUGUCUUACAGUUUGGUUGAAUUCAUUAAGAUGGAUUUAUUAUUUUCUGUCUGUGAUUCAAAAUGACUAAGAUGGUCCCGUUUUCUUGCAUCCCAAGAAGCAGGGAAAAAAAGACUGUAAAGAGUUCUGUAUUAUCUAAUUAGACUAUUGAUAUUUCUGGGCAGGUUCUAUAUCUACAUUAUCGCAGUAUCAGUGCUGGUUCAACCAAUCAAAACCUUCUUGUAGAUCUGCAGAUCUGCAGUUGUGCUAGUUUCCCCCAUUCCCAGGGAUUCCAACCCUGCUGGUUCAACCAAGCGUUGUCUACAGGCCCGGUUUGCAUACAGAGUGAUGUACCUUAGUACACUUGAUUUAGCUGUUCUAUUAUUGUGGAUGUUUUAUCUUAUUUAGGUAUGUUAAGAAAAUAACAGCAAUAUAAUGUAACUACAGUACAAGUGGAACCAAACAACACGUGGUUAACAUACCGUCAGUCUCUAAAUUACUAUUACAUGGGGUCAAAUCAUUUUCAUGGAAUGAUGCACUUUAUCUGUUGAACUAACAUCAAUCAGUAUUCUGAAUUUUGACCCCAUCCUCCCUCCAUAGAAAAUGACCAGUCAUGUUACUGAGACUGAGGUCUUCCAAUAGGGACACGGUAACGUUGGCAUUUGGGAUUUUAGCUCUUUAUACGUGCGGUGUCAGUGUGUCCUUUUAUGCAGUUAACUGUAUUCUUCUCUGCAGUGACUGAAUUCCAGUGCUAUCUUUCUAACAUGUCAGGUACCAUACGCUGCCGUUCUAAUUUAUUGUAAGGCUUAGAUACUUUUUCUUAUUUAACAUAUAAGACAAACAUAUGGUUACCUGCUAGAUUAUAAAGUAAAUAGAAUGGUUUACCUAGAACCACUGGGUUGUUUGGCUAUCAAUGUAGCCUGAAGAACCCUUUGUGGUUCCAGAUAUUACCAUUUUUGUGACAUAUACUGUAGACCUGGAUUUUCUGGCUCCUAGUUGAACAUAUGUUCUGAGGACUGAAACUUAAUAGAACAAAUAAACCCACACUUCUCUUGGUAGUAUCGCUGUUGUUUAUUGGAGCUGUAUAUCGACAGAAUGCUCUUUGUCAAAAACGCUCUUAUGAAGGCAACAGAGAUAACUGGAAAAGCGGUGUGGGUUCCUCUUUACACCUAAGUUGUCUCCCUGUCACCAUGCUCCUACAAAAGGUCUGUUGGGAUGUGCGAGGGUCCUUUGAAUUGUGAAGUGUGUAACAGGUUUUGAAUAUCAACAUAGAGGGUUUUCAUAGCAACUUAGCAUUUCACAUUCCUGGCACAGUCUCAGACAGCCAUUUUAUGAAAGGUAUAUAAAAUGCUAAGUUGCUAUCACAACCCUGUGCCUUCCCAGUGGGAGAGCAUGUUUGAUGGGAAAGUUAAAGUUCUGUGGUAGCCAGGCUGCCAGUGUAUAAAAAGCCUUUAAUUAGCUGUGUUUGGGUUUCAGUCAGGGUAAAGCAUGGGGCGUACACAGGGACACACUACAACCGUCAGCUCUGCUGUCUCCAGCGAUGGGUCUGUGUGGGACAGACCGACGAAUGAGAGAGGGAAAGAGUAAGAAAAGGGGAGAAAAGGUGUGUUAGGGGGUAAAGUGGGGCUAGGGACACGGAAAGAAAGAGUGGAGGUUUGACCGAAAAGACGGGAGACUGAAGGAGCGAGACCGAGAGCAAUGGCUUUUUGUGGGCAGGGGGGAGAGAAAGAGAAAAGUUGAUGUGGGCAACACAACAGAUUUUACCACCAGUCCACCAUGGACACUGUCACACAGACCGCAGGGCUGGCAUGCUGAACCUCUUUAGAGAACCACAUGUUUGUCUGAGAGCAAAAUUAACACUGGACCCGCAUCCAUGUCACAGUUGAAUCACGUUAAUGCUAAAUGUGUUGAAUCAAAAGGCCUUAAAUUUGAUUUUAGUAGUUUCUUAGUGGACCCCACAGUUACUGAGGCACCUCAGGUUAAUGCUCUAGGAUGCUGUGUAUUUUAUUAUCAAAUAUUCAUUCUAUAUAUAUAUAAGUCCUUUAGCACGGACCUACAUCCAGAGCUUAUUGUAGCGAGUCAUACUUUACUGUACAGGGCCCUGGUGGGAAUCAAACCCACAACCAUGGGGUGGUAAACGCCAUACUCUACCAAUUGACCUACAGCUGUCAGUACCAUCAGUUUGUGGCAUGUACACCACAGAUGUUGAGUGGUUGGAAGAAUUUGUUCAUGUUAUCUCUCUUGUCUUUUCACAAGCUGGUUAAAACUGAGACAAACCUGGCGCAUAGCUAGUACACAGAAGGUCCUUUUACACAAAGUUCUGAAUAUAUAUCGUCAUGGCUUGCAGGUUCAGUGUUUCCUUUACACAGUUUUGAUUUGAUUCGGAUUUAAUGGUGUUGCCUGCUCAAGUGUAGAAGCAGCCAAUCUAUAUAUUUUUUUUUAACUGUUUCCAGGACACUAUACUAUUUUGUGGUCAGCUGUAAACACUGAAGUGCCCUAAUGAAUAUCUUUAGCAGAUCCCUUUGUUUGCUCAGCCCAGUCCCUUCAAAUUUCAUUGGUGGCUUGACAUACUGCCACCUUGUUUACAUCACCUUUUGUUUUUAUCACAAAACACCUCCAUGUUAUUAUGUAACAGUUAACCCCCACCUCUCCCACGCUCACAUUUGCACGAACACACACACACA